AUGUUGUCAAGAGUCUGGGAAACCCAACCCAGAGUUAUCAAGUUUCCCCGAAAACAUCAGAGAAGCUCCUCUGCCAAUGGGCUGAGGCGGCAGAAGAGAGACUGGGUCAUCCCACCUAUCAAUGUGCCCGAAAACUCCCGAGGGCCAUUCCCCCAGAUGCUUGUCAGAAUCCGCUCAGACCAGGACCAGGACAUCGGCAUCCGCUACAGCAUCACCGGAGCCGGAGCCGAUCAGCCGCCCAGCGACAUCUACAACAUCGACCCCGUCCACGGCAAGAUGUAUGUCACCAGGCCCCUGGACAGAGAGGAGAGGGCUUCCUACCAUCUGCGAGCCCAUGCGGUGGACAUGAAUGGUAACCAGGUGGAGAAUCCAAUCGAUCUGUACAUCUACGUCAUCGACAUGAACGACAACAGGCCCGAGUUUCAGAACCAGGUCUACAACGGCUCCGUGGCUGAAGGGUCCAAACCAGGCUCAUCGGUGAUGCAAGUGACAGCCAACGACUCGGACGACUACACCACGGCUAACGGCAUGGUGCGCUACCGCAUCCUGUCGCAGACGCCCCACAGCCCCAUCCCCAACAUGUUCACCAUCAACAGUGAGACCGGAGACAUUGUCACGGUGGCAGCGGGUCUGGACAGAGAGAAAGUGUCCCAGUACACCAUCAUUGUCCAAGCCACGGACAUGGAGGGGAACUUGAACUUUGGCCUGUCCAACACAGCCACAGCACUCAUCUCCAUUACCGACAUCAACGACAAUCCCCCAGAGCUUACAGUCAGGACGUUUUCUGGGGAAGUGCCAGAGAACAAGGUGAAUGUGGUGGUGACCAACCUGACAGUGGUAGACCGUGAUCAGCCCCACAGCCCCAACUGGAACGCUGUCUACCGCAUCGUGAGCGGAGACCCCUCCGGACACUUCACCAUCCGCACCAACCCCAUUACUAAUGAGGGCAUGGUCACAGUGGUCAAGCCAGUGGACUUUGAGAUGAACCGAGCCUUCAUGCUCACCGUGGUGGUGUCUAACCAGGCCCACCUGGCCAGCGGCAUCCAGUCCUCGCUCCAGUCAACAGCGGGGGUCACCAUCUCCGUUCAGGAUGUGAACGAGCCGCCCGUCUUUCCCGUCAACCCCAAGCUGAUCCGCUUUGAGGAGGGCGUGCCGGCAGGGACCACCCUAACUGUGUUCGCUGCCCAAGACCCUGACCACUUCAUCCACCAGACUGUCAGGUACUCCAAGCUGUCAGACCCAGCAAACUGGCUUAGGAUCAACAGGACCAAUGGUCAGAUCACUACCAUGGCCCUGCUGGACCGAGAGUCCAUGUAUGUCAAGAACAACGUGUAUGAGGCCACCUUCCUGGCCUUCGACAAUGGCUCCCCCCAAGCCAGUGGGACGGGAACCCUUCAGAUCUACCUGAUCGACGUGAACGACAACGCACCGGUGCUGAUGCCCCGCGAGGCCCAGGUGUGCGAACGAGCCCGCCCCGGCUCCAGGGUCAACAUCACCGCCUCAGAUGCUGACGCCGACCCCAACGUAGGGCCCUUUGUCUUUGAGCUGCCCUCCUUUCCCACCAGCGUCCGGAGAAAUUGGACCAUCUCCCGUCUCAGCGGUGACUAUGCCCAGCUGCGGCUGAAGAUUCCCUACCUGGAGGCAGGGGUGUACGAUAUCCCCGUCAUCGUGUCCGACUCAGGGAACCCUCCCCUGUCCAACCGCUCGGUGAUCAGAAUCAAAGUGUGUCCCUGUGAUGAGAACGGGGACUGCAGCGCCACGGGGGCUGUGGCUGCUGCCGGCCUUGGCACUGGGGCCAUCAUCGCAAUACUCAUCUGCAUCAUCAUUCUGCUCAGCAUGGUGCUGCUGUUUGUGGUGUGGAUGAAGCGCAGGGAGAAGGAGCGUCAGGCAAAGCCCCUGCUGAUCGACCCCGAGGACGACGUUCGAGACAACAUCCUCAAGUACGACGAGGAGGGAGGGGGAGAGGAGGACCAGGACUACGACCUGAGCCAGCUGCAGCAGCCCGAGUCUCUGGACCACAUCAUCAAUAAGCCAGCGGGGGUGCGCAGGGUGGAUGAGAGGCCUGUGAUUGCCGAGUCCCAGUACCCUGUCAGACCCAGUCUGCCCCACCCUGGAGACAUAGGAGAGUUCAUCAAUGAUGGUCUGCGGGCGGCAGACAACGACCCCACCGCCCCUCCCUAUGACUCUCUGCUGGUGUUCGAUUAUGAGGGCAGCGGCUCCACUGCUGGCUCCGUCAGCUCUCUCAACUCCACCAGCUCAGGGGACCAGGACUACGACUACCUCAACGACUGGGGCCCUCGCUUCAAGAAGCUGGCCGACCUCUAUGGAGGAGGGGACGACGACUGA